CUCUGCCGGCAGCACGGACCAAACUUGUGAUGUCGGGCUCUUCAACGGGAGACAUCGAGUCUAGGCUGGGCAUUCCAUCUCAGCCCAAGGGCAAGAUGGCAGCCAAUACAACGGUGGCGGCGGCACCUCUGUCGCCGGCUCGUGUGGCGCUGCUGUGUUUGGGAUCGAUCGCCUCGAGCGUCUCGCUCAUCCUGGUCAACAAGUCGCUAAUGCAGUACUUUGGCUUCCGCUACGUCUUCACCCUCACAUUUCUUCAUCUGACGGUUACUGCCGUUCUCCUUCGCAUCGUGGCCAACGUCUUUGGCUGGUUCGAGCUCCGGACACUCCCGCUCAACGUCUCCCUCUCCAUCGCGGCCUUUGGUGUCGGCUCGAUUGGCCUCAUGAACCUCUCCAUGUACUCGAACUCGCUCGGCACGUACCAGCUGUUCAAGCUUCUCUGUGUCCCGGCCAUUCUCGUUCUCAAGUUUGUCAAGACUGGCGAGACCAUCUCCCGCAAGAUCACGGUUGCGCUGCUCAUCCUGUUGACCGGCGUCGGCAUUGCCACCGUCACCGACGUCCAGAUCAGCUCGACCGGCAUCAUGUACGGCCUCGCCGCCACAAUUGCCACCGCCCAGUUCCAGAUCUACCAGGGCUCUUGCCAGUCCGAGUACGGCGUGACGUCGGUCCAGGCAACUGCGGCCAUCACCCCGUACCAGUCGGUCCUCACACUGCUUGUGGCCCUCAUGGUGGAGGUGCCUGGCGAGGACUCGGUCCUCAACUUUCGGCUCACCGCGCCGGCCUUUAUUCUCAUCGUGCUCUCGUGCCUGGGGGCUAUUGCGGUCAACCUCGUCUCCUUUGCCCUCAUCGGCAAGACCUCGCCGGUCACCUACCAGGUUGUCGGCCACCUCAAGACCAUCCUCGUCCUCACCUUUGGCUUCCUCUUCUUUACCCAAGUCGAAUCGGCAGAAGGCGCGGCAAAGAACCUGCUCGGCGUCGCCGUCGCAAUGGCCGGCGUCAUUCUCUACGGUCAUCUCAAGAUCAAGAUCGCCAACGGCGAGCGCGACAUCCUUGACAACUGCAUGUAAAUGGAUCAUAUUAACUGUACCAAA